GAUUUCUUGCUAAAGGAAGCACCCGCUGGGGAAUCAGCAGCCCUCUUGGACGACGAUGUAGGAGUUUCCAUAUUAUUACCGCUAGUUGAAAAAUUAUUAUCAUAUAAAUUCAUAAUCAAGAGGCAGCAUGUGAUAAUGGUGGUAUCACGUGGUUUGGAAGUUAAUAUACAGGACCGGGUAAUAAGUUAUAUGACGCGAACAAUAAGUUUAUCGGAUGUUCGUUGCCUAGGACAGAAAUGGAUAAAGUCACGUUCCAACACGAUGUCGAUUAUAACAAUAUGACCAACCCGACAAAAGAUCAGGUAUGGGAGGCGGAUAAAAAAUCAAUAUUGGCAGCAAUGAACACUACCGAUAAAUACUAUGGUAACUUUGCCACCAUUGUUGGCCUCGGACUCAAAAACAUUGCAGAACGUACACACGAAGCCAUAACCGGCAAUAAUAGUGCAAUAUAUCCACAGUGCGGUCGUGUAGAACCGGAACAAAAGGACAACGCCGCACAAGGAGCAGAGUCCAAGGGUAAUGAAGAACCACCUGAUACCCCAGCAAAAUCAACAAAUAACACUGACUCAAACGGACAAUUGCGUACUGAUCACCAGCACGUCGAUAACUUCGAUAAUAAUUUUUCAACUAGCGGUAAUAAUAUGGAAACUCCUACAUCGUCGUCCAAGAGGGCUGCUGAUUCCCCAGCGGGUGCUUCCUUUAGCAAGAAAUCCAAUAUGGUUUUACCUGGUACUGCUAGCGCCACUGCUUCUGACAGCGAUACGGGAAAUCCCAGUCCUGAAAAUGCUGUAUUACCUAGACCCAAUCACAUUACAACAGCCUAUACUAUGGUAUUCAAAAAAUGUCAUUCAUUUAUAUCAUACGGAUUGGCUUGGAAAAUGUUGGACUUAUCUACUACAGUAAAAGGAUUGCACGUGGAACAACUUCGUUGAAUCACAUACCAGUCGAAUAUCCGUUUUUGUAUUUAUCGCCCAGCGAAUACAGCGCAAUAAGUACACGAAUGCCGGAAUGCGUCUGCGUACAACAUAAAAUACCUAUAUGCAAGUAUAAAUUAAUACUAUGUUCUGAAAAACACUAGGCUGGCUAGUGGGGAAAUCUAUUAUCGUCGGACACAAGGUCAAGUCAAUAUUAA